AUGGCGUCAUGCAAUUGCAACCAAUGCUCAUCUAUACUUUUCGGUGGAAUGCUAGCUAGCCUAGAAGCUAGCUCGGUUCGGUGCAUACUAGCAACAGAAGUUGCAGCCAGCUUGCUAACAUCAAUCCUGUGGUGGCGGUCACUUCGUUGUCCACUGAAAGGUAAGAUUGGCGCAGACCAGAGCAUGAUCAGAUUCCAGAUAGGUACUCCAAAAGGAGCGGCAGUCUUGUACACAACCGCGCCAGCGGUAGCUGAUCGCGAUGUGAUCAAUCUGAGUCCAGGCUUGAGAUGCACAGGGAGGACGACAGGUGGCAUAUCGGCGAUGGCUGUGCCGAAAGUUAGUGCUAGCCAAAAACAGGUUGUGGUCUGU